AUGGUGCGUCAGCUCCACGAUAGCAUGACAGCGCGAGUAACGGACAAUGCAGCUGUCUCAGAAGCCUUCGCUGUGACCAAGGGAAUGAAGCAGAGCUGCGUCCUUGCCUCCACCCUCUUAAGUCUCAUGUUCACUGCCAGGCUAAUGGACGCCUACCGCGAUGAACGUCCGGGGAUCCGUGUCACCUACAGAAGGGACGGUGAACGGCUAAGCCACCGGAGAAUGCAUUUUCAAUCGCGUAUCUCCACAAUCACCGGCCAUGAACUUUUGUUCGCCGAUGACUGCGCCCUCAAUACAACUACUAAAGGAGACAGGCAAAGCGACACGGAUAUCUUCUCCGUCGUCUUCGCGAACUUCGGCCUGAUCAUCAACACGGAAAAGACGGUGGUCAUGCUCCAACCGCCACCUAAAACUGCCCACAAUGCGUCGCAAAUCAGCGUGAACUGA